AUGGCUCAAGAGAAUGAUGUGCAUUGUCAAAGCACUUCUUGUUGUAGUUCUUCUGAGAUUGAGCAUUGGACGAAAUUGGAGAAAGGUAGAAUCAAAGUCAAUGUUGAUGCAAUUCUCUUUGCUCAUUUGGAUGCUUAUGGAAUAGGUUGGGUGGUGCGAAGUGAUGAGGGAGCCUGUUUAGCAGCGUUUCAUCAUUCUUGGUGUGGUACUGUACAACCUUUACUUGCUAAAGCAUUGGGGUUGAAGGAAGUUUUGAGCUGGAUUCAUAAAUCGUGCCUCAUUGAUAUUGAUAUUGAGUUUGACUCUAUUGUUCUUGUUCAGGCAGUUAUUGGGAGUUCUCAACUUUAUUCUCCUUUUGGUUUGAUUUUUCAGGAUUGUAAAGAUUUGUUGUCUUUGUGUAAAUAUGUUUCUUUGCUUACUUUUAAGCGAUCUAUGAAUAAGACCAACCACUUUUUAGCUAGGAGCUCUUAUUCUAAUUCAGGUUGUGUUGUCAGGAUUGUGGACAUUCCUGAUGAGCUACAAUGUAUUCUUUUGGCUAAUUUAGCCUGUUAA